GAAAACUUGAGUUACGUAUCCAAUCAGAGCUGGGAAUAGUAGCGUCUGUAUUCACCCGCCAUUCUCCCAGUCCGCCAUUUUAAGCAUAUGAUCAUUGUUGUCUAGCUUGUACACAAUUUGUGUUAAAAGUUGAAAAGUAAUAACAAAUUUCGUUAAUAGUCAAAAAUGGCACGUACCAAGCAAACUGCCCGUAAAUCAACUGGAGGCAAAGCUCCCCGGAAACAAUUGGCCACAAAAGCUGCGCGUAAAUCAGCGGCCAGUACUGGCGGUGUCAAGAAACCCCAUCGUUACCGCCCCGGUACCGUCGCUCUUCGUGAGAUCCGUCGUUACCAGAAAUCGACUGAGCUUCUGAUCCGCAAGUUGCCGUUCCAGCGCCUGGUCAGAGAAAUCGCCCAGGACUUCAAGACCGACUUGCGUUUCCAGAGCGCUGCUAUAGGCGCUCUGCAGGAAGCCAGCGAGGCCUACCUUGUCGGUCUCUUUGAAGACACCAACUUGUGCGCCAUCCACGCCAAGCGAGUUACCAUCAUGCCCAAGGACAUCCAACUUGCCCGUCGCAUUCGUGGCGAGCGUGCUUAAGUUAGUCUUAGUGUAUUUACUUUAUUAUAAAUUAUUUGUAAUUCGAAUAGUUAUAAAUUCCAUAAACAUUUUUUGUAUGUCUCACAUUUAAUAACAUUUUAAUCAUUAUUGUAAGGAGGCAGAAGAACUGAUUUUUUUUAUCUUAUUGUAAGUUUUUACUAUGCAUUUGCAUAGGAUGCUGUAUGGAAUGUGGUAGCAGACUGUGUUCAUAAUAUUUUGUUACUGUAAUUUGAAAACAGUGUCCCAUGUAAGGACAUAGUUUAUUUCUAUAGUUAGUGACUCCUAGUUUAAAUAAUGUCUAGGUAAUUAGGCAGUUGUCAGCCAAUGUCUUGUGUGAAGAAUCUGUGCUUGGAGUAAUUUGAUGCACUCUAAAUGAUAAGUGUAAUGAAAAUUGGUGUUAAAUAAAUAUAAUUAGACCUUA